UGUAGUGUCGAAUUUUAAUUGUUUUUUUUCUUUCUUUUCUGGCAAUUUUAUUUUGUGAGUGUGUUUUUGAUUAAAGACUGGUUCGCAGUUUGGGAUUUGAGAAAGACGUAUUUGGAAUUAAGCUUCUGAAUAGCUCCCAAGUAAACAUGUCAUUUUCUUUGUUGUAGGUCGUAAGUGUUGAGAUAGAUCUGUCACUAUGAAAUCGAAAAAGACAGACUUUGGUCCCAGAGAUAUAAUCAGUGGUCUACCAGAAGCUCUGAUUUGCCACAUAUUGUCAUUCCUACCCAUUGAAGAUGCUGCUUUGACUUCAGUUCUCUCCAAAAAGUGGCGCUAUCUCUUUGCUUACAGGCCAAAUCUUAUUUUCGAUGGCUUGCUGCAUAUACAACAUCGUGCGGUUGGUAACACAGAGAAGGAAUUGAUUCUCAGCAGAUUUAUGGCUUUUGUGGAUAGAGUAUUGGAGUUGCAAGAGAGUUGUGCUAUAAACAAGUUCUCUCUUUUGUGCGGACAUGGUGUUCGUCCAUAUUUUGUCACAGAUUCCAUUUUAAAGGUGUUGCGACGUGGGGUAACGGAGCUUGAUUUACACGUCUCUCUGGAUGAGGGUCGUCUGCCUUCUGAGGUCUUUGAGAGCAAGUCACUGGUCAGCCUGAGGAUUGAAUCUGGAAAUGUUUAUGGCAUUGAUGUGCAAGGUGUUUCUCUUCCAAAGCUCAAGACUCUCUUCCUUCAUAGAGUUAUGUUAGGACAAGCUGAGGAUUGUUUUCACAAGCUUACAUCUGGUUGUCAUGUCCUUGAGGAACUAUUUCUCCUUAGAGUUUACUCUGAUUUUUGGAACCGCUCUCUGUCUUCCAAUUCCCUCAAGAGACUAACGCUAUACUGUCUAGACUCUGACCAGAAUCCAGAUCAUGUUUCUUUUGAUACACCCAAUCUUGUUUAUUUUAACUACUCUGAUAAUAUUGCGCGCAAGUAUCCAAAAGUGAACUUUGCUUCCCUCGUUGAAGCUACUAUCUACCUUGCAAUGACACGUGAUCAGUAUGCACAUGCAAACUAUGGAAAUUUGGUCGCCAAUGCAACAGACUUUUUUAGGGGAAUAUGCAAUGUUCAGAUCCUUUACUUAUCUGCCAGCACUCUUGAGGUUCUUACGUUCUGCUGUAAACCAGUACCGACAUUCAACAAGUUGGUUCAUUUAACUGUUGAAACCCAUACAGUAGGAUGGGAAUCAUUGCCAACUCUACUCAACAACUGCCCAAAUCUAGAAACUCUUGUUUUCGAAGGACUCCACCACAAAUAUACAAUCAAAUGUGGGGAUGUUGACGGGUGCCUAUGCAAAUUUUCAGGGGAGGUUCCUAUUUGCUUAUCGUCAAGUCCGGUGAAGUUCCUAAAGGUACAGAGAUUUGGUGAAAAUGGUAUAGAGAAUCAGAUAGAGCUGGUCAAGCACUUCCUAGAGACAAUGCCACGUCUUGAACAACUGACAGUACACUACGUUGCAUCAAUUGAUGAUGAUGUGAAUAAAGUGUCAAGCCAACUUAAGGACUUUGCAAGAGUAGCUUCACCAAAUUGCGAGAUCCAAGUUGUAUCUGAUCACCUCAACUAAAACAAGACCCUCCUCUUCUUUCUUUCUGCCUUUAUGUUCUAAGCUUUUGUGUGACUUGUGUAUGAAAGAUUAUAUGCCAUUUUGAUUGGGAAUGCUCGAAUUAUCGUUUUCUU